AUGGCCUUUCUGCCAUUACUUGUCACCCUUGGGGCGACGCUAGUUCAGGCCACCACCGCCGCCGUCACUCUAGAUGAUGUGUGCACCCCGGCAUACGUUCGAACCAACCACUUCAAUCUCUCCGCUAACCCUGUCUACAAUCUCUCGACGAGCGGCUCUGCGGUAUAUCCGGCCACCACCAUCGACUACUGCAACGUGACCCUGGCUUAUUCCCACAAUGGCCGGGACAACAACGUCCAAGUGCGUUUCUGGCUGCCCUCUCCGGAGAAGUUCGCGAACCGCUACCUCUCUACUGGCGGAGCAGACUACUACGUCAACCAAGGCACGCAGCAGCUCCCUGGGGGUGUGAUGUACGGCGCUGUUUCCGGGUCAACAGACGGCGGGUUCGGAAGCUUCGACACGGGGGUCGACGAGAUUCUGCUCCUAGCCAACGGCACUUUGGACUGGCAGAACCUGUAUAUGUUCGGCUACCAGGCGCACCAUGAGCUCGCCACAAUCGGCAAGCGCUUCACGCGCAACUUCUUCAACAUGACUGACAACGAGGAAGACCAAAAACUGUACAGCUACUACCAAAGCUGCUCCGAGGGCGGCCGUGAAGGGUGGAGCCAGGUCCAGCGCUUCGGCGACCAGUUUGAUGGCGCGGUAAUCGGCGCCCCGGCCAUUCGGUACUCCUUUCAAAUGACAAUGCACCUAUGGGCAAAUGUCGUCGAGAAGACCCUCGGCUACUACCCUUCGCAGUGUGAGGUCGAGGCCAUCGUUAACCAAACAAUCAACGCUUGCGACGGGUUGGAUGGUCGCGUGGACGGGGUGGUCUCACGCUCCGAUAUCUGCAAGAUGCAGUUCAACCUCACCGAGACAAUUGGCAAGCGAUACUACUGCGCUGCAGACGGGGACGUGCCGGUGCAGAACUCGACUAUCUCCGCACAGGCGGUGGAGGUGUUCGAGGCAAUCCUCGGCGGGAUGAAAGAUAGUGACGGCAAGCAGGUGUAUCUGUCCUACCAGCCUGGAGCGCUUUUUUGGGAUGCUCAAGCGACGUAUAACACAACAUCAGGGACUUGGGGUUUGGACAUAAAUUCCAUGGAAUGGGUGCAGCAAGGCUGGCAAACCUAUGAGGGUUCCCUACACACCACAUGGCCAGAUCUGACGCCCUUUCACCGAGCGGGUGGUAAAGUGCUUCAUUAUCACGGCGAGCAGGAUGGAAGUAUCCCAACGGCUUCGUCUGUGCAUUACUACGAUUCGGUUCGUAGGACAAUGUAUCCUACUCUCACGUAUAAUGCUAGUCACCAGGCCUUGGGCGAGUGGUACCGCCUGUUCCUCGUCCCUAGAGCCUCGCACUGUAUGAACAACGAUUUACAGCCAAAUGGCCCAUUCCCGCAGACCUCCCUCCAGACGUUGAUUGAGUGGGUUGAGCAAGAUCUGGUACCUGUGAGGUUGAACGGGACUGUUCUGAGUGGCGCGUUUGAAGGGGAGACCCAGGAGAUCUGCGCGUGGCCCCUGCGGCCGAUGUGGUACAACAACGGGACGAGAAUGGAGUGUGAGUAUGAUCAGACGUCUCUGAAUACUUGGAAGUGGGAUCUGGAUGCGUUUGACCUGCCUGUAUAUUAG